GUAAAUGUUCUCUUGCCAGUAGGAACAACGGCAUCCGACUUCAAGGCAGCAGUCCAGCUACAUCCAACACUCGGACUCGGUGACGAGAGCAGUAGCCUGAGCUGUCAGGGCAGAAGAAACAGAGAAAACAGAGGGUUUUUUUUUUAACAGAAGUGUCAUUUGGUUGGAACACAAGGAGAGAGGUGGCGGAACUGUCUUCAAGGUGGACAUCCUUUCAUCCCCCUUUAUUGAAUGUGUUGGGUUCCAACGAGGCAAUUCGUGUGAGCUGCCGAAGGCUGUGGUGGAGUGGCUCUAAACUGUCUGGUCUGCUAAAGGGCUCCUACACUUAUCCAGAUUUGACCAGACUUCCAAGUUUUAUCCCAGUAUUCUUAAAACUGAGUCCAGUUGAGAGAGACAAAAAUGGGUACUAAAAGCUUUCUAGGGUGCGUCUUCCUGACUCUCCUUCUCAACCUCUGCCAAGCUGGGCUGGUGAGAAAAAUACUUAGGCAUAAACGGACGACCCUGACAACCCCCGGCGGAGACAAUGUGACCCUGACCAGCGCUGACCAACCAGUGGUCUUCAACCACGUCUACAACAUCAAUGUCCCCACCGGCUCCUUGUGCUCAGUGGACCUGGAUGCCCCAGGAAACACCAGCCUUGAGCCCCAGGACGCAGCUCAGCCUUCAGGCCUCCGCACCACCGAACAUACCCUGGAUGGGCAGAACCAGAUAGUUUUCACUCACCGCAUUAACAUUCCUCAGCAGGAGUGUGCAUGCACUGAUGGGCUCCCGGAUCUGAAGGACCUCCUGGGCAGGUUGGAGAUGCUGGAGGGAGAGGUGUCCACGCUGAGAGAUCAAUGCACUACUGGAGACGCUGGCUGCUGCAGCGCUCAGCCAGUCACAGGUGAGGUGGGGACCAAGCCUUACUGCAAUGGCCGUGGAAACUACAGUGCUGACACCUGUGGUUGCAUUUGCGAGCCUGGCUGGAAGGGACCCAACUGCACCGAGUCUGAAUGCCCCAACAACUGCCAGGACCAAGGUCGCUGUGUGGACGGGAAGUGCGUCUGCUUUGAGGGCUUUGGCGGGGAUGACUGUUCACUCAAGGUUUGCAAAGUGGACUGUGGUGGGAACGGACAAUGCAUUGGCGGGGUCUGUGUCUGUGCCGAGGGUUACAAUGGAGAGGACUGUUCUCAGACAGACUGCCUGAACAACUGCCUAAGCCAUGGAAAGUGUGUGGACGGGGAGUGUGUGUGUGAAGAGCCCUGGACGGGCUACGACUGCUCCGAACUCAUCUGCCCCAAUGACUGCUACGACCGCGGCCGCUGCGUCAACGGAACCUGCUACUGCGAAGAAGGAUUCACCGGGGAGGACUGUGGGGAGAAAACCUGCCCAAGCGACUGCCUGGGAAAUGGUUUCUGUGUGGACGGCCAGUGUGUCUGCAGCGCUGGCUAUACUGGAGAGGACUGCUCCGAGCUCACUUGCCCCGGUGACUGCAAUGAUAGAGGUGUCUGCUUCAACGGCAUGUGUAUCUGCAAUGCUGGCUACCAAGGAGAGGAUUGUAGCCAGCUGGCUUGCCCCAACAACUGCCACAACAGGGGACAGUGUGUCAACGGACAGUGCAUCUGCAACGUAGGCUACCAGGGAGAGGACUGCUCUGAGCUCUCCUGCCCCAACAACUGCCUCAACCGGGGCCGCUGUGUCAAUGGACAGUGUGUGUGCGAUGAAGGGUUCGGUGGUGAGGACUGCAGCAUCAAGACCUGCCCCUCGGACUGCUACGGCAGUGGAGACUGUGUGGAUGGCCGGUGUGUCUGCUAUGCUGGCUUCACCGGUGAGGACUGCAGCGAGCUGAGCUGCCCCAACAACUGCCUGAGCCGCGGACGCUGCGUUGACGGGCAGUGCGUCUGCGACGAGGGCUUCACAGGGGAAGACUGCACUGAGAAGCACUGUCCCAAUGACUGCCUGGGCCGGGGAUACUGCGUGGAUGGCAAAUGUGUCUGCCAGGAGGGCUAUGCGGGUGUUGACUGCUCUGAACUCACCUGCCCUGAUAACUGCAACAACAGGGGGCACUGUGUUAAUGGGAAGUGCAUGUGUGAGGUGGGAUACGUGGGAGACAACUGUGGAGAGCUGAGCUGCCUCAACAACUGCCAGGACAAGGGCCGCUGUGUGAAUGGACAUUGUCUCUGUGAUGAGGGAUACACUGGAGAAGACUGCUCAGAAGUUUCCCCUCCAAAGGACCUGACUGUAACAGAGGUCACCACCGAUACAGUGGAUCUGACCUGGAACAAUGAGAUGCUGGUGACAGAGUAUCUGAUUGCUUAUGUGCCCACUAGUCCUGGGGGUCUGUACCAGGAGUUCAGAGUGCCCGGAGACAAGACUGCUGCCACAGUCAGCGAGCUGGAACCCGGCAUCGAGUACCUGAUCAACGUCUAUGCCAUCCUCAGCAACAAGAAGAGCAUCCCAAUCAGCGCCAGGGUGGCCACACAUCUACCGGAGCCAGAUGGCUUGAAGUUCAAAUCGGUGAGGGACACCUCAGUAGAGGUGUUGUGGGAUCAGCUGGACAUUCCCUUUGAUGCCUGGGAGCUCUAUGUCCGCAACACGAAAGAGGAGAAUGGGAAGAUCCUGACAACCCUUCCAUCCUCCCAGACUAUGUAUAAGCAGUCAGGGCUCGGUCCUGGUCAGGAGUACGAGGUCUCAGUGGGCGUCAUCAAGAACAAUACCAGAGGACCUCAGUCUACUAAAAUCAUCACUACCAGGAUUGAUGGGCCCAGACAGGUAGAGGUUCGUGACGUGACAGACUGCUCGGGCUUAGUCACCUGGUUCCAUCCCGUGGCCCAGGUGGACGGUGUCACCGUGUCCUACAGCCCCAGCUCUGACCCCACAGAGAGGACCAGCGUGGACCUGUCCACCUCAGACAAACAGUACAGCAUCGACAGUCUCAGCCCAGACACUGAGUACCAGGUGUCCCUGGUCUCCAGGAGGGGAGACACCACCAGCGAGCCAGUCUCUGAGAUAUUCACCACAGACCUGGACGCCCCCAAGGACCUGCAGCCCCUGGGCCAGACAGACAACAGCGUCACACUGGAGUGGAGAAACAGCCGGGCAGAUGUUGACAGCUACAGGGUGAAGUACAGCCCCAUCUCUGGGGGUUCCCAUGGCGAAGAGGUGUUCCCCCGUGGGUCAGGAGACAACACUCAGGCCACCAUCACUGGAAUGAAACCGGGUACAGAAUACGGGAUUGGUGUGACCGCCGUGAAGAACGAGAGGGAGAGCCUGCCUGCCACUACAAAUGCAGCCACCGAUCUCGAUGGGCCCAAGGACUUGGAAGUGAGCGAGUCCACAGAGACCAGCAUGACCCUGGUGUGGAGGAGACCCAGAUCCAAGAUCACUGUCUACAGGCUGGUGUACAUCUCCAGGGACGGCCGGAGGGAGGAGGUGGAGGUCCCUGGAACAGCCACCACCUACAUCCUGACCAACCUGACCCCUGGCAUGCUGUACACCAUUACCCUGGUCGCUGAGAGGGGCUCAAAGAAGAGCACACCCGUAACCCUGUCCGCAUCUACAGAGGAGCUGAGGCCUGUGGUGGCCAACCUCACAGUCUCUGACGUGACAUGGGACAGCUUCAAUGUGUCCUGGACUCCCGAGGACGGAGAGUUUGAGAGCUUUGUCAUUGAGGUGACAAACUUACAGGAAGGUUUAGAGAGCGAGAACCUCACCUUGUCUGGUGAUGCCUUCAGCCUGAGCAUUUCUGGCCUGAGUCCUAACACUUCAUAUAGGAUUGGCCUGUACGGGCUCCACCAGGGCUCCUUCCAGGAGCCGGUGUAUACCGAAGUCACUACAGGCCUGGGUGCUCCAAGGGGCAUUCGCUUCUCUGAGGUGACCGAGUCCUCGGCCAUAGUCCACUGGACCAUGCCUCAUGACAGAGUGGACAGCUACCGCAUCAUCUAUGUGCCUCUCCAAGGAGGUAGCCCAAUGACAGUGCUUGUGGAUGGGACUGAGACCCAGGCCUUGCUGCCUAACAUGUUGCCAGGGGUGACCUACCAGGUGAACAUAUUCGCUAUGAAGGGCCUGGAGGAGAGUGACCCAGGGACAGACACCAUCACCACAGCUCUGGACAGGCCUCAGGGUCUUUCUGCUGUCAACGUCACUGACACAACCGCCCAGCUGCUAUGGCAACCCACUCGGGCCACUGUCGAUGGCUACGUCAUCACCUACAGUGCAGAUUCAGUGUCCCCAGUGAUGGAGCAUGUUUCUGGGAACACAGUGGAGUUUGAGAUGGGCUCUCUGGUCCCUGCCACCCACUACACAGUUGGGGUAUACGCCAUGAGGGAGGCACAGAAGAGUGGCACCACCACCACCGAAUUCACCACAGAUGUGGAUUCUCCUCGUGACCUGGUGGCCAGUAAUGUCCAGACAGACAGUGCCACUCUCACUUGGAAGCCCCCGCGUGCCGCCAUCACCGGAUACGUCCUCACCUUCACCUCAUCUGACAGCACAGUCCGGGAAGUGGUCCUGAGCCCUACAUCCACAUCAUACAGCAUGACUCAGCUGAGUGGCACUACCGAGUACAACGUCAGGCUACAGGCCAUCGCUGGAGCCCAGCGGAGCCACCACGCCACCACCGUCUUCACCACCACCGGAGUGUUGUACAGAUACCCUAAGGACUGCUCGCAGGCUCUGCUGAAUGGAGACACUACCUCUGGCAUCUACACCAUCUACCUGGGAGGAGACGAGAGCCAGCCCAUCCAGGUCUACUGUGACAUGACCACUGAUGGAGGCGGAUGGAUGGUGUUCCUGAGGCGCCAGAGUGGAAAGCUGGAGUUCUUUAGGAACUGGAAGAAUUACACUGGUGGCUUUGGGGAUAUUAAUGCUGAAUUCUGGUUUGGUCUGGCCAACCUCCACAAGAUGACAACAGCAGGCCAGUACGAGCUGCGUGUGGACCUGAGGGACAACGGGGAGUCGGCCUAUGCUCAGUAUGACAAGUUCACCAUCGCAGAACCCCGCAGCCGCUACAAGAUGCACAUAGGAGGGUUCAGCGGCACAGCAGGUGACUCUAUGACUUAUCAUCAGGGCCGGCCCUUCUCCACGUAUGACAAUGACAAUGACAUCGCCGUCACCAACUGUGCCCUGUCCUAUAAGGGUGCCUUCUGGUACAAGAACUGCCAUCGUGUCAACCUUAUGGGGAGAUAUGGUGACGAUAGUCACAGCAAGGGUAUCAACUGGUUCCAUUGGAAGGGACACGAGCAUUCAAUACAGUUCGCCGAAAUGAAGAUUAGACCCGUCAACUUCAGAAACGUUGAAAGUCGAAGGAAAAGAUCAUAGACUUUAUACUGCCCCCCAGCUCUCUCUCCCCCCCCCCCCAUCUCCCCUUGACCCUCCUCUGACCCUCAAUCUUCAGUUCACCAAGCCGCACAUCAAGCAAGGACAAUCAUGUAACUGAAUGUGUUUUUAUCCAACUAGCUGUCAAUAUUGGGAUGGAUACGUUAAACCAAAGACGGCACAAUCUGAUUGGCGGGAGAAAAAACAUUUGUUUGGUGGAGGGUUUAGAAUGGACUGAAUUGGCACUUUUGUGUGUUUGAUUUAUUUUAUUGUUUGUGUUCAUUGGAAAAUUGACAAGCAAAACAUGUCUCCUUAUAGGUCCAAAGAUAUUUCAAUAUGCUAAUUAGGAAUAAGGCAGAUUGAUUAUGAAAUGUGAAACAAUGAAAGGGUCAAAAGAGACCUAUUCCAACUUUGACUCUUGCUCCUACGUUCUAAUCUUCCACACUGUCACGUUCUCUCUCUCUCUCUGGCAGUUAUUGAAAAACUGUCUGAGCAUUUAAAACCCGUUGUACAUUACUGUAGACAGCACUGUUGAACUUUUCAACAAGCAACAUUUCAGAGUCACGUGGUAAUAAUAACGUGGCUUGAUGCCACAUCCCUCAGUCUCCCCAAGGAGGGAGAAAAUACAUCUAUUGAGGUUAACAAAGUUUCCCUCGAUUCAUACAGUAAAUCCUUCUACAGACUUGAGGGCAGGACCGACUAAAUUAGGCAUCAUUUGUUUCAUGUUGAGUGAUUGAUAUUUAGAAUUACAUUUUCUAUUAUUCCCAACCGAUUUGAAUUUAUUAACACUAUUUCCACAUAUACAACAAAGUGGGAAAACUGUUCUUGAGAAGAUCAUGGUAGGGGUUUCAACCACGGACAUAAUUGAAUACCGGUUUACAUGAUGCUUUUAUUUUGUUUUCAACUGAAUUAAAAAUAGAUUUCUAUAUGUAACCCUCCAUACAAUAAAAGAUACUUUGUUAAAA